AGUUACGUUCCGCAAGUCGGUAGAAGAAAACGCGCUGUGGCGGUAAACGAACGGUAGUAUGCGGCAUCCAAGUUCAUGAUUCGAAGUUUACACCUGGUGUUUGUUUUCUAUAAUCAAGUUUUUGUUCAUUUGUGGCUAGUAAUGCAACACGUUGCUGUAUUGUGGAUGAUUAUAAGUUGGCUAGAUUAUGUGUCGUCGGAAAAUAGGCCAGAAAGUAUGCAACAGCAAUAUUGGAGCGAACGAUUUUCAGUUUCCUUUCACCUACUUCUACCAGUGGCCGGACUAGGCUUCCUACUUUUUGGGAGGAAGCAUAUCUUUCCUCGAUUACUCGUUCAGAUAGAUAGAAACUGUAUAUCCGUUUUGUGCCCAUCACUGAGCAAACGAGAAAAACUCAUCAAAUGGGCUUGCCAGAGACUUCCCUCCAAAUGGUCGUCGCAUUCCUCGAAGACCCUAUCAGGGGGUGUAGCAGAACUGUGGUCAGACGGGUCCCUAUUGUGCACACUGAUAAACACUGCGAUACCAGGAGCAUGUCCCAAUCCGCACAGGCAUUGGAAGCAGCCACCCUCGCAUGCACAAGCUAUCGCUUACAAAUAUUUGGGUGUCGUACCGAUUUUUGAUGAAGAAGACCUGGCUGGAAACCUCACGUCGAAUUUUGAGAGGACGUUUAUCAACUACUUGUGUGAAAUUCAACAAUCCAUUAACAAAAUCACAGAAAAUACUGAAGUCGAGAGAAUAUUUUGCUCAGACUAUAUUGCUAGAGGUUUGGGGCUUUUUUCUGGAGAGCAACACCAAAAAACUGUUUUCUACGUAUAUCCAGACGAUUUCGAAAAUUCCGAACCUAGUAAAAAUAGUGUCAUAAUCAAUAUCAAAGGACCUUUCGGUACAUUCGGACAUGCACUGAUAUCAAAUAUCCAAAAUAGCCCAGCAAAAAAACCUCUAGACGGUUGGAACAUAUCUGUCUCCAAUGAUACUAAAACAAAGAGUGAAUUUAUGAGAAAGUUUUCAUGGUUCUUGAAACACUCUGAGGAAGUAGACGAGGGCCAGAAGAAUAUAAAUAUUGAAGUUACACUAGAGAAGAAUAGAGCAAAAGUUUCAUAUAUUCCAAAUAACUAUGGGAUGCAUGAAAUCAAUUUGAUAUGCAAUGGGGAGCUUUUGAAGGGUUGUCCUUUCAACGUUCACAUAUUCAGUAGUGAAACAAAAGCAGAUGAUAUGGAUAUUGAAGAGAAAGUCGAAGGACUGAGACAUUACCAAAAACGAAAGAUAAUUUCGGAAAUGGUAGAUUUAGUUGAUGAAAAAAUAUCAUUCUCUGAAUUAGAAGAGAAGUAUCACGUUGAUGCAGAUGCUGAAAUCGAGAAGAAGGAACCCAUUAAAUCAACAUUCAAUUUUAGAGAAGUAGUUGAAGAAAUUACAAAAAAUGAUGAGGUCUUCAAAAAUAUGUUCAAUGUCGAUAUCGAUGAUGAGACUUGCAACAAUUUAAGUGGUUCAAAUAAACACCAAUCCGCUGAAACUGAAAAAGAAAAUAACACCCAAUAUGACGUAACAAUAGAACAGACGAAAACGAAUGAAAAUAGUGUAGGUGAUAAUUUUGUUUGUUCAGUUCCUACAAAUAAAGAUAUGGAUGAACUAGAUUCCACCGAAAAGCAUGACAUAGUAGAUGAUUAUUCUGAUAAUGAUGCAGAAUUUCGAGAACACAACGAUCUGAGUCAAUCAUGUGAACCAAAUUAUAACGUAGAAAUUCAAAUGCCUGUUAUAGAUGAGGUGGAUGAAGCACCAGACUUGAAUGAAAAUUUAGAUACAGGAGAUGAAAAGUCAGAAUUCAUGUCGGAGAAAAAACUCCAUAUACCAAUUGAAAUAGAUAGUGCACAAAAAUCACUUGAAUAUGUUAGCAGGCAAACUCAGGGUCUAACAUUCAAAGUCAAUAUUAACAAUAACAAUUAUAGCUUGAGUAAACCGGUAAUAAUUAAGAGUGAUAAUUUAACAGAGAACACACAUGAGAAUGAUUUGAUAUUUACUGAUGAUAUAAUGAAUAUUGGACAACAAUUAGAUGAAGAUGUUGAAAAAAGGGGUCAUCAGAUCGUAUCCGAAUAUAUUAGUUCCAAUAUAAACAAAAUUAAAAUUCCUGCUGAGUUUCUUGAAAACGAAAAGAAGAUAGCAGCUAACAAGAUGAAUAAUAAUGCUGCUGUAAGAAAAUAUUUUCAUAAGACUCAUCGUGAACCAAAUUUGAGGAUUAUUGAAUGCGAAAAAACCGAAGAUUUGAAUAACAAUUACCUCAGUACAGAACAUGCCAAAUUGAAAAAUCACUUUGAAAUAUUAAGCCAAAAAGACAUCAGCGAAAAGCGAGUUCCUGUUUUGCCAUGUCAACCCCAGAAACCCUAUCUUGCCUCCGACACCAAAGUUACUUCCCCAAUAUGUUCUGAACAUAUUGUCCAUGAAGUAAAAUAUAGCCAAAUAUCUGUGGCAGAACGAAGGAAGAUAUUUGCCCAAAGCUCUAUGAAGUGCACCUCUAGCUCGAAGAACUCUUCAUUUUCGGAAAAUGAAAGUGUAGAAGUCUCAAUGAACAAGAGAAAUCAUCAAAUAGCAGGGCUAAGCGUACUAAAUGUGUUGGACAGUCUGAGGAGAUCCGUACAUACAUCAAAUGAUGAAAGUUUUUCCCUAUCCAGCACCGUCAGUUUACCGAAUAUAUCUCUCGAAUCAGAUUACCCUUCCUUGAAUGUAGUGAAAGAAAAGAAAACCUACUGGGAAAAUAUGUCAAAUUGUUCGAGCUCGAGAUCACUUUUUCCAAAGAAUACAUUGAAAAAAAAUAAACUGAGUGAAGAGGAAAGGAAUCGGUUAAUUUGGAAAAAACCUGAUAUACCAAAUACUACGAAAACAAUGUACGUGGAAAACGAUAUAUAUAGAUCUGCGGAUGAUAUUUUGGCGAUGACAGAAAGUUUGAAUCAUCGACAUUCCAAACAUUUUAAAUCAGUAGAUGGUCGUUUGGAUGAAUACGAGAUGCUCACAAUUGAAGAACGAAAACAAAUGCUACUGAAGCAAAACUACGAGAAAGAAAAGAUAGCAAGAGAAAGAAUAAUGCGAUCGAAAAAACAGAAUGUAUCACCGCAGAACAUGAAGAAAAAUGAUCAGUUUCAAAAUUAUCUCAAACCAAGGAAAGUUUCAGACCAGGAUGGGGUAUUUACUUCUCCUGUCAUGGAGAAGAUCAGAAAAUUUGAUAGUGCUUCCAAUCUAUCUAGGGUUGAAGGAGGAAGCAAGCAAAUUAUGAAGCUUACCAUGGAUAUUGAGAAAAACAACAGUUCAAAAGUUCUCGGUUCCCAAUCUAUUAUUAACAAAGAAAACGAAAACGAUACAAAUAUCGUUUCAAUGAAACCUGAACCAAAAAUCAGAUACAGAUCCCAAUUCAACAGAGCAAUCAGGUAUUUCAAAAAGUUGGAGGAAAAAUCUCAGGGUAAACCCAAGUCUAAAAUCUCGAAGAAAUCCAAACAAUUUUCUUUGGAUAUACAUUCAAAAAGAGAUAGAAAACGUAAGAGAGGCGGAAGCCUGAAUAUUACAGAGCGAUUUUCUAUAGAUAGCUUAUACGAAGAUAUUACGCAAAAUAAGAAAGGCAGCCUGAAAGGAACGCCCAAUAGAACGGCGCUUGUGGAAGCAUUAGCCACGUUUUCUAGGAUAGAAAAUAACUAUUAUAGCUUUUGUGGAAACGAGGAUGAUAUUAAGUAUGACAUAUUCAAACAUCUUGGCCACAUCAAGAAGAGGAAAAGCUUGAAGUCUAUUUUUGAUGUAUAUUAUUGAGUUAUUUUUGUUAUUUGAUCAUUUAAUUGUUACAAUAC